AUGUUCUUCAAGCUCUCCUCCGCGUUCUUGGUUGCGACCUCGUCGCUCGCCCUCCUUGCUGCCGCCUCUCCCACUGACCUCUCUGAGCGUCAGCUGGGCUUGGGUAGCUGCUCCAGCAGCACGACGGCCCAGUGCUGCACCAGCACCGCGUCCUCGGACGACGGUAUUAUCAGCACCAUCCUCGGGUUGCUCGACAUCCUCCCGGGCCUUAGCUCCGUUGUUCCCAUCGGCCUGGGCUGCACCGACCCGGUUGACAUCCUCACCUGCGCGACCGGGGACCUGCUGUGCUGCAGCAGCACUGCAGAUGCUGGACUUCUCGGCGGGCUCAGCGGAAUCACAGGCGUUCUGGGCAUCGAUUGCCUUCCUCUCGUCGGCUCUCUCCCUGUCGUCGGCGGCCUCUAA